AUGUGCGGGAACCGUACAUGUGUCUUUUCAGAUAUCAAUGACAGAUUGCCAGCCACAGCCGUGAUGAUGCUAGAUUCUAUGCUGCCGAAUUCAAAGAUGAGUCGCGAGGACACUGCCCGAGCCUAUGCAGACAUGUUGGCUUGGCUUCAGGACAAUCGCUCCUGGGUGUUUCCUGCAGGAGCGACAAGUCAUUGCCUUGUUCACGAGAAGCAGUGUGCUGCGUUUCCGUGUGUAGAUGAGUCGGAAGGCCCGGCCCUGCAGCCAGAAGGUGAGGUCCCAGAACCUUCCCAGAAACGGUUGCGAAGGCGGCUGUUUCAGUCAGACUCUGAGUCCGCGCCAGUGCCAAGGAAGAAGCUGUUGGUUAACAUGGCUGGAACUACGUGCUGUGGUUGGAGCUCAGUUGGAAAGGGCUUGCAUUUUGCAGACCCGAGCGAAAGGCCGCAUGCGAUCUGGGUCACGGAGAGACGCCGGCGUGCAGAGAUGGACCUGGAGGAUGUCGUCUUCAGCGAGUGCACUACUCGCUACCCCGUCCAGGAGAAGCUCGGCGUCCUGCAAGAGACUCAUGAGAUCCUCAGCAUAGUGAUCAACCCGAUGGCCCUAGGCUGGCCAGUGAGACGGAAUCGCCUGUUUGCGUGCGCCUUGAAUCGGCAGAGCGUGGCAUGGAUGGGGCCAGGGCAGGAAGACUUGCUACCACACUUCCUCAAGUUCUGUGGGGCAGACCUCAUGCUCACUGGAGAUGUGUUUCUGGUAGCACCGAUGUCCGAGGUGUGUGAAGCCGAGAAUGCUAUGGCAUCGCGAAGGGGCUUCCGUGUUGCAGGAACAGAUCGGGUGUUGAGCAUGAGCCAAAUCUAUGCGCCCGGGAUGUUGAAUCGCUACCAUGGCUACGAGGAAGCCCGUGCUGCUCUUCUUGAAUCUGGUGAGGUAAGUGGGGAGUCUUGGUUCGCGGACCUGGACCAGACCCUGGGUGCAGGAACCAGCACCCCCGGGCAGGUGCUGCCCUCGGCCUUGACCCACUUCACAAUCCAUUCCUGGGCUGCGAAGAGGAUGGUGCUGAACAAGGAAGUGUACUUGGCUCAUGGAUACAACACAUAUCCAGAGGCCACCCGCUGGCCCAUCCCUUUCCAGGCUCAGGAUCAUGUGCUGUCGCUGUCCAGCAGUUCCCAGAAACAGCUGGUUGGCAAUGGGUGGCAUUUGCCAACUAUGGCUUCUUGGAUUUUCUACGUGUUGGCGCACACAGUCAAGAUCAACAGGGAAGCGAGCAUUGAACCAGAGAAGACCCUGCUUCGGCGAGGCGGCUCAAGUCUUGGAGGCCUGACUCGUGGAAGGUCCAGCCUCUCUCUGGGCAGCCCAUCAGACGUUUGCGAUUCACAAGAGACUUUGAGUCUUGGGGCCGACUGUUAG